AUGGUGUUCGCCACAGGAAAAUCACCCCUUACUGGCCGCAAGCUAGAUCAAGCUAAUGCCGAAGCGGAGCGUUUCAUGCGCACAUUAGAAAAAGCUGCACGAGCCGCCCAUAUCGAAGGAAGAAGAUGGCAAGAUGAGUUAGAUACUUUUCUUUUGAAUUACAGGUCAACGCCGCAUUGCACAACUGGUAUCAGCCCGGCAGAGUUUCCAUUCAAUCGAAAAAUUCGGAAUAAACUGCCAAGUGUGGACCGGUUAGACCCCAUGCCCUCAGAUAUCGAAGACAGCCAUGAAAAAGCUAUCAACAACGACUCUAAGAGAAAGGAGAAGAUCAUGCAAAGAACAUUAAUCUUCAAAUAG